UAGAGUUCAGUGAGUAGAGCAAGUGGAAAGAAAGUUCAACUAACCUCAAAUUCUGUUUUGUUUUUAAAAUGAGUUUUUAAACUUUAAAAACUUUUAUAUAUUAUUCAUUUCUCUAAUCAUGGAUGACUCUGAAUUGUAUGCUGCUUUGGAGAAACAUUUUGGCCAUACUCGGUUCAAGAGUGAUUUGCAACGAGAUGCCAUUAAAUGCAUAGUAAAACGAGGGAAAGGAGAUGUAUUCGUUUCCAUGCCAACUGGUUCAGGAAAGUCUUUGUGUUUUCAACUACCAGCGGUGCUGGCAAAGAAUAAAGUUGCGAUUGUGUUCUCUCCUCUAUUGGCUCUGAUGAAGGAUCAAAUAGAUCACUUACAAAUGUUGAAAAUUAAUGCUGAGACGAUAAACUCAAAAAUGACUCAAUCAGAACGUCAACGUGUUAUUUCUGACCUGAGAUGUGUACGUCCAAACACUCAACUAUUAUAUGUCACUCCAGAGCAAGCUGCUACGUUCACAUUCAAAAAUUUGCUGGAAGAUUUGCACAAAUUUAACAAACUGUCGUAUGUAGUGGUAGACGAAGCUCAUUGUGUGAGCCAAUGGGGUCAUGACUUUCGACCAGAUUAUCUCAAGUUGGGUGAAAUUCGUGUCAUGUACAAAGAUAUACCAUGGAUUGCGCUCACCGCUACUGCCAGUGCCAAGGUUGUAGAGGAUAUAAUGAACCAACUGUGUCUAACAAAACCGGUACAUAAAUUCAAGACGCCGUGCUUCCGUUCAAAUCUCUUCUAUGACGUCGUUUAUCAAGACAGACUGGAGGACUCUUAUUCGGAUUUGAAAAGAUUUGUCAUUAAAUCAUUAGGGACCGACACGGGUUCACUGAAAAGUAGUCAGAGAGGAAGUGGUAUUAUUUACUGUCGAACUAGGGAAUUGACAGAGGAAGUCUCCCAGGUGUUAACCAAACUAGGAGUGCCAACUGCAGCUUAUCAUGCUGGUUUAAAAGACAAGAUAAGGAUGAAGGUGCAAGAAGAUUGGUUCGACGGAAAAUAUUCGGUAAUAGCUGCCACCAUCAGUUUUGGGAUGGGAGUUGAUAAGUCAACUGUGAGGUUUGUUGCACACUGGGGAGUACCUUCAAGUAUUCCAGCCUACUAUCAGGAAAGUGGAAGGGCGGGUCGAGACGGAAAACAGGCCUACUGCCGAAUCUACCACUCUAGAACGGCGAAAAGCUCUUUCGAGUUCAUUCUACGGUCGGAGGGCAACCGAGCCAAAACUCAGCAGAAGAAAGACCAGGCCAAGCAGGCUUUUCAAGCAUAUGGCAAAAUGGUGGAAUACUGUGAAACUGUCAGAUGCCGCCACGCCGUAUUUGCAGAAUACUUUGGAGACGCAAAGCCGGUUUGCAAGACUCGUUGCGACGUGUGUGUAGAUGCCAACAAUGUGGAGCAAACAGUGCACAAGUUCCUGAGCAACACUCUGCUGCGAUCAACCAAAAUGCGAUCAGCUGCUGAAAUCAAUUCGUCCUACGGAGAUAUGUAUGAGGGCGGGCGUCUCGGACAGAAAAUGGAAAAUGAAUCGUACUCAGAGAUCGACCAUGAGGGAGAUGGAAGCGAACGCGAGGCAGAGGCGAAGAAAGCAUUCACCAAGGAAAUUAAGAAACAGUUUGGUCUGAGGAAAGCAUCUACCUCGACGAAAAAUGAGGAUGACGAAGAUGAAUAUCAAAUACAGGCUUCUAUGUCGAGGCUUAUCGCUGCUGCUAGUACUAAAAUCAAAAUCAAUGGCCUCACUCUAAAGGUUCGAGAUGGCUAUGUCACUUAUCUUGGAGAAUUGCUGAAGAAGAACUAUGACGCUUGUAAAAUUAUUGACCCUCCUGAUAAUCCAUUAACUGAUAAAGCAAUAGAGCAAGCCAGCCUCCAAUUGGAAUACCAAGCUUUCUCCACUAAUAAAGCUACCUCGUUAUACAGGAGAUCAGUCGCAAAACUGAUGGCUGACAUCAAAAAGAGUACAAACGAUGUGUCUCUAUACAGCUUCCUGAAAUAUUUAGAGUAUGAUGAAACAACUGAAACUAAACCAUCGGUUGUUAAACAAGAGGAGAAAAGCGUAUCUACUCAAAAAUCUGCUGCUACACGUCCAGAGAAACAAUCGAGUAGCCAACCACUAUCUAUAGUACCUGCUUCACAACUUAUCGGCUGUACCUCGAUGAAACCCAAACGAGAAUCACGAUGUAUCAAGAAAGAGACUCUGUUUCAAAGCGCGAUGGACAAAUAUGUUGAGAAAGCUUCUAAAAGUGGUGAAGCUGUUGAUGAGGUGGCUCGAAAUAUUAAACAGGAGGAUGAAACCUCUCGUAGUUCAGAAGAGAUUGAUGCAGAUUUUGCAUCUGUUUUAGAUCAAAUAGUAUCUGGUAGUGACAGUCUCGAAAGUAGAGAAAUGCUCUGAGUACAAAGAUAGCAAAGCUAGUUCUAGAAGUAUGUCAAGGCGGGAAAAUUCGAAAAAUGUGGAAAAAGUUGAAAAUAGGAGUUCCUCAAGUCCCAAAAAGAUUGUUGGCAUAAAACGAAAAUGUCAAGACCUUUUCGGGGACUCUGACUCAGAAGGAGACGUAGAUGAACCUGGUAAUAGAAUCGUUAAGAUUUCGAAUGUAGAUGAUGCAAUUACGAAAAUUGUUAAAUCGCCUGUUCCCAAAAAAUUGAAGUUUGGCAUUCAUCAUAAAUCAUCUCACAGAGAUUCAAUCAAGUCCAGCAUUGAUGCGUCUACGAUUAACGGAAAGAACAAAAUAACUCCUUCAAAAUCGUCUAGUAAACAUAAACAUCCUAAAGACACCAAACAAAAACCGACCGAAGAUUCGCCUAGUAAAAUCGACGCGUCCCAAGAAAGAGAUGUCAGACACUGUUAUAAAAUAUCUCAUGCCUUUCUACAAAGAGAAGAAAAUACUUUCUAAAGAUUUAUUCAAAUAUUUGGCAAGAACUCUUGUGCAUAAAGCUUUAAGCGUCAAAGAGAUAAAAGAUGAAAAAUCAGUGAAAAAUAUGGUCUAUCGAGUAUUUGUGACAGUUGAUCAAUUUCAGACCGAAGAGGAAGUUGACAAAGCUAUUAAAGUUUGAAAAAACUGACAAUAUCUAUUUCUGUGAAUGGAUUCUGUAAGUGCUCUGUAACAAUGUGAUGGACCCCUAGUUCAUUGUUGAACGCUUCUUCCUUUUAAAGUGGAUCUGAAUCUCAUUUCUAAAAGACCUUGAGAUUUUUUAGUACUGGCAGCCCUCAUCACAUUAUUUUGGUUUGUUUUAUUCAUUGAUAUGGUUUAUAUUAAACUAAUUAGUGUUUUAUAGAUUGUCUCAUACCUUAUGGUAUGGGAUGCUUUUACUUUUGAGUGUUUGAAUUGUAAAAUAAUAAAUAUACUGUAUUUUUUAUUGAAA